CACAGCAGCUCCUAAAUUGCACGACAGGCGUCAAUCAGCGCCGCCCGCCUCGUCCCUCGUCCCGUCAUGAUUUUUGCGGCCAUCUGAAUUUCCCGCAUCCACAUUUGCAACAGCUGACCUGUCCCAGCAUGCCCUGGUCCUUGUGAGCGCAGGGGCCUGUCGACAUGCAGAGCUCUGCAGCUAUCCUCAAUAUCCCUCCCGCUCCACCUGGAUCGUGGACCACCAAUUCACUGUUCAGACAGCGUUCGUCCCUGAUUCACAAGCCGUUGUGGAUGCUAGACGGCGCCUCUCUCCCGGCUGCUGAACUCCGAGCGGCCGUGAUGAACCAUUAGUCGAUACUCGUCACGCCAAAAUUCCUCAUCGCUGCGUGUUUAGUACGGAUUGAGCCAGACGUGCAGCAACCAACACACACAUCAAACCAGUCAUGGCAAUGGUGAUCUUCCAGCACUUAGUCGCCCUGGAUGAUUCCGAGUCUCACGGCACGUGUAGUCUUACCUGACAGGGCGAGUGUGCAACAGCUGCAUCUGUCCUUGCAACGAGCGUCGCAGCGAGUCAACGAUGCUGAAACAGAAAUUGCGAGCACCAAGUGUGGUAAGCUACCUAGCGAAGUAUCUGCCGUCAAACUCCCGACACUGGUUCGUUCGUGCGUCAUACGUCAAUGUGCAGCUGUUGCCCCGCCCCCAAGGAUUCGCAUCCGGGACGAAUCACGUGUUCUACCUUCAUCUGGCACAGGUCGCUUUUGCAAACGACGGGCCAUUCGAGUCUCUUGCUGGCGGAGAGACUACGUCAUUUGGGCUGCACCACACAUGCGUUGGCCACCGCUGGGCAUUCGUACCUGCCGGUCAACCUGCUUCUUAGUAAACCUUCCAAACAGAACAAACGGGCCCAAGAGCAAUUGCAGGGUAAUGACAAGCCAACUGAUUGGAUCUAAGAGCUUUGCACUAUGCUGGUCUGACCGAUCCGGGAAGCACUUUGUCACCGAGCUGUCGACUGAUUCCAAACUGACAAACCAAAUGCAGGUUCCUCGUUUGCAAUCUGGUGGCGGACGGGACGCGGAUCUACAACCCUGGAGGCGCUCAACAUAUCACCAAAUGUUUCUCACAGACAUUCUGAUUCGCUCGGAUUGUAAAGUCGCUCCUAUACACGACCACUGAAGCCCUCCAUCUCAGCCAUGUGGUCCUUUUGUGCCCUUUCCAGUACAGCCGCGUUACACGCACGAUCCGAGCU